GCCGGCGCAAUAUGGGGUUCCAGGCGCGUGGUCUCAGCCCGAAGAAGGCGGAGGCGGGGACGAGGCCGGAGCUGGGGUCCCAGGUGCGAAAGCGGAGGCGGUGACGAGGCCGGAGCGCUUAUCCUCGACCAACGUGGAGUCCCAGGUACGCGAUCUCGGCCCGAAGAAGGUGAAGGUGGGGUGCUUGAAGCCAGAAGAAGGCGAGCUUCAAGAGGAGGCGACAACAAGCUCGAAGGACUUACUCUCAGAAUACGUUCUCGGCGCGUGGUCUCAACCUGAAGAAGACAGAGGCGGCGACAAGGUGCGCGGUCUCAACUUGAAGAGGAUGGAGGCGGGAACCAGGCCGGAGCACUUCUCCUCAACCAAUAUCGGGUCCGAGGUGCGUGGUCUCAACUCGAACAGGAAGCUCAAGCUGAAGAAGACAGAGGUAAGAACGAGGUGCGUGGUCUCAGUCGAAGAAGGCGGAGGCAGGGACGAGGCGACGAGGCCGGAGCGCUUAUCCUCAACCAAUAUGUUCCAGGCGCGUGCUCGGAGGCCGGCGCAAUAUGGGGUUCCAGGCGCGUGGUCUCAGCCCGAAGAAGGCGGAGGCGGGGACGAGGCGGGGACGAGGCCGGAGCGCUUAUCCUCUACCAACGUGGAGUCCCAGGUACGCGAUCUCGGCCCGAAGAAGGUGAAGGUGGGGUGCUUGAAGCCAGAAGAAGGCGAGCUUCAAGAAGAGGCGACAACAGGCUCGAAGGACUUACUCUCAGAAUACGUUCUCGGCGCGUGGUCUCAACCUGAAGAAGACGGAGGCGGCGACAAGGCCGGAGUGCCUAUCCUCAAGCAAUAUGGGGUCCCAGGUACGCGGUCUCAACUUGAAGAGGAUGGAGGCGGGAACCAGGACGGAGGCGAGGAGAGGCCGGAGUACCUAUGCAAGGACAAGGCGCUUAUCCUCAAGCUGAUGAAGCGGGCAAGCCUGCGAAGAGGUGCAACCGCCACGCUUAUCCUCAACCAGAAUGGGGGCCAGGAAGAAGAGGCGCAGCCGCGAAGAGGUGCAGCCGCCGCGCUUAUCCUCAACCAGAAUGGGGGCCAGGGGGAAGAGGCGCAGCCGCGAAGAGGUGCGGCCGCCACGCUUAUCCUCAACCAGAAUGGGGGCGAAGAGGUGCAGCCGCCACGCUUAUCCUCGAUCAACCAGAAUGGGGGCCAGGGGGAGGCGCAGCCGCGAAGAGGUGCAGCCGCCACGCUUAUCCUCAACCAGAAGGGGGGCGAAGAGGUGCAGCCGCCACGCUUAUCCUCAACCAGAAUGGGGGCCAGGGGGGAAGAGGAGAAGAAGUGCAGCCGCCACGCUUAUCCUCAACCAGAAUGGGGGCCAGGGGAACGAGGUGCAGCCGCCACGCUUAUCCUCAACCAGAAUGGGGGCCAGGGGGAAGAGGCGCAGCCGCGAAGAGGUGCAGCCGCCACGCUUAUCCUCAACCAGAAUGGGGGCCAGGGGGACGAGGCGCAGCCGCGAAGAGGUGCAGCCGCCACGCUUAUCCUCAACCAGAAUGGGGGCCAGGGGGAAGAGGCGCAGCCGCGAAGAGGUGCAGCCGCCACGCUUAUCCUCAACCAGAAUGGGGGCCAGGGGGAAGAGGCGCAGCCGCGGAAAGGUGCAGCCGCCAGGCUUAUCCUCAACCAGAAUGGGGGCGAAGAGGUGCAGCCGCCACGCUUAUCCUCAACCAGAAUGCUGUACAGCCGCCACGCUUAUCCGGUGCCAGGCGAAGAGGUGCAGCCGCCACGCUUAUCCUCAACCGAAAUCUGUGCAAUCCGCCCACCGUAUCCUCAACCAGAUGGUGGCCAGGGCGAAGAGGGGCAGGCCUCCACGCUUUAUCCUCACCCAGAAUUGGGGUGCAUCUCCGCCACGCUUAUCCUCCACCAGAAUGGUGGCCAGGGGGAGAGGCGAAGAGGUGCAGCCGCCACGCUUACCCUCAACCAGAAUGGGGGCGAAGAGGUGCAGCCGCCACGACGAGGUGUGGAAGCUCAAGCUGAAGAAGACGGAGGCAAGGACGAGGUGUGGAAGCUCAAGCCGAAGAAGACAGAGGUGUGGAAGCUCAAGCUGAAGAAGACGGAGGCAAGGACGAGGUGCUCGAAGCCAGAAAGCGCGGCAGUAGAAGGGGGUGAAGGCGAGGACGUGCGCAUCCUCAACCCGAAGAGAGACGGAGACGGGGACGAGGCCGGAGAGCUUGCGUGCAGAAGCGGCAAUUUGGUCAGACAGCUCAAGCAGUGGCGCCGAAACGGAUCGCCGACAUACGAAGCGGCGUUUGGAAUGGGGUCGCUGUGUGUGCUAUCUACCAGCGAACAGUAUGGCUUGCGCGCAAAGGCUGGACAGCCUCCGAAGUUCAAGCCAUCAUGGAGCUGGCUGCACAAGAAGUCACCCCGCCUGAAGCAUUUCUUGCUGGGUCGGCCAAUCCUGCGGGCGAACCCAUCCAUGAGCAGUAGCAGCCGCCAAUAUGUAAAAGCUGCAUCAAGCCCACGCAGUGGUAUCGGAAGCUGGCGUCUUCUCUCUGCUUAUGUGGGAUGCCGCAAAGCUGCACAGCGCAUUGCUGCUGCGACAAAGAAGGAUGCACGAGGUUCAUUUUGGCAAGGGAAGAAGGCAAUGCUGAGGGUCUACCGCCGAAGAUGGUGGCUAGCUCGGAGGAGACUGAAGCGAAGGUAUUCUGCGCUGAUGGUGAGGACGGAGAAGCCUUUUCUGAGCUACAAAGCCGCGAAGUGGGCAAUUGAGGAGAACAUUCUACAAGCUGGCUUUCGAGUUCAGAUUUCACGGCAGAACCACCCGCAGUGGAAAUUCUUGACUGAAACCGGCAGCCUCCUAUUCUUCCAAAGCUUGAAUGAGAGCUUGGGUCUCGCACAGAAACAAUUGGCGACUGCGACGUGCUCCGUCAACAAUGCACUGGGCAGACAAGCAUGUGACAUCACUCUGCAGGGAAACGAUUCCCAUCAGGAGAGCGAGCACAUGCAUUGGCAGGUGCGUAUCCUCAAGAAGAAAAAGGCCGGGAGCGGGAACGAAGCUGUGCAGGCUCGCCUGCAUGGUGUCCCAGGUGCGUGGUCUCAGUCGAAAAAGGCGGAGGCGGGGACGAGGCCGGAGCACUUAUCCUCACCCAAUAUGGGGUCCCAGGUGCGUGGUCUCAGCCCGAAGAAGGCGACGAGGCCGGCGCAAUAUGGGGUUCCAGGCGCGUGGUCUCAGCCCGAGGAAGGCGGAGGCGGGGACGAGGCGGGGACGAGGCCGGAGCGCUUAUCCUCGACCAACGUGGAGUCCCAGGUACGCGAUCUCGGCCCGAAGAAGGUGAAGGUGGGGUGCUUGAAGCCAGAAGAAGGCGAGCUUCAAGAGGAGGCGACAACCAGCUCGAAGGACUUACUCUCAGAAUACGUUCUCGGCGCGUGGUCUCAACCUGAAGAAGACAGAGGCGGCGACAAGGCCGGAGUGCCUAUCCUCAAUCAAUAUGGGGUCCCAGGUGCGCGGUCUCAACUUGAAGAGGAUGGAGGCGGGAACCAGGCCGGGGCACUUCUCCUCAACCAAUAUCGGGUCCGAGGUGCGUGGUCUCAACUCGAACAGGACGGAGGUAGGGACAAGGCCGGGGGGGGGCUCAUCCUCAACCAGUAUGGGUUUCCGAG